AUCACAUCACCAUCUUCUUCGCUCAGCAUCGCAUAGGCGGGAGGGAAGCUCAAAACAUAACACGCAGGAUUGAAGUGCUCAGGAGGAAUUGGUUUGGGUUCAGAAAACCAAUCUUUCUUGACACACGGUUUCACAUACAUAGUCUCAUUUUGCCCUGCCUUCUUUUUCACAACCAGUCAAACUGAUCCCGUCAUGGCGCUGAUCGAGGGCUGGUUGCCGCCCACUCGGGAGAACUGGGAGACUCUCACCAUCGUGUGGCAGCUUUGCUGGCCCGUGUUUGGCUCGCUGCAAUACUUCAUCAGCUGGUACGGUAUGGGCAAGACGUCGGUCCAGAGCCGCCUCAACAUCCCCGGCCGCCUCGCCUGGUUCCUGAUGGAGAUCCCUGGCGUCACUACCCUGCUGUACAUCAUGAACACCCUCCCCGCCCAGCUCGGCAUCCACGACCUGCCGUGGCAGAACAAGGUGCUCGCCGGCCUAUUCACGAUCCACUACGCCUAUCGCGCAGUCAUCUUCCCCAUCGUGCAGCCCUCCAUGUCGCCCAUCCACCUCCUCGUCGCCCUCUCCGCCCUGUCAUUCCAGCUAAUGAACGGCGCCUGCCUGGGCAGCUACCUCGCCGCCUACGGGCCCACCACAAAGACCCAGUGGGAUGCCGCCCUCGGCUUCGGCGGCGUCGCCCAGUUCGUUGCCGGCAUCGCCAUCUUCUAUGUCGGCCUCGCCGGCAACUACUUUCACGACGAGGAGCUCCGCGAGAUCCGCCGCGCCGAGCAGCGGCGCCAGGAAAAGGCCGUCGCUGCCAGCAAAGGCGGCAACGGCGGCAAGGGUGUGCACAAGCACUAUCGCAUCUCCGAGGCCAUGCUGUUCCGCUACAUGCUGUACCCGCACUACUUUUGCGAGUGGAUCGAAUGGUUCGGCUUCUGGAUGGCGAGCGGCUGGAGCGUCCCGGGCCGGGCUUUCCUGCUCAACGAGAUCUUUGUCAUGUUCCCUCGCGCGAGGAGCGGGAGGCGCUGGUAUGUCGACCAGUUUGGCGAGGAGAAGAUCCGGAGGAAGUGGACCAUCGUUCCGGGCGUCUACUGAGGCGAGCGCGGGGGUGCGGUGAUCCGUUCAGUCUUUGGUGCGUGAACCCUUAACUCCAGGGAAGUCACAGUUAAAUAGGCGAGUUUGAAGAUUAUUGUGUAAGCCAUAAGCGCCGACGGCCUAUACAGGCACAGCAUAAGCGUAGAUCUGCGGCUGCUCGCUUACCAACAAUGGGAGGCCCUAUUUCCCUAUGCAA